CGGGGAGUGAAUUGGGAUUGCCGCGGGAGGCGGCGGCGGCGGCGGCGGCGGUUCCGGUGGUUGGUCGUUUUUCCGCCGCUGUCCGCAGCAGCUCCGGCUCCUCCAUGGCCGCUGCGGUCCCUGGCGCGGUUGUCCCUGCCGUUCCGGUAGUGGGGGAGGCGGUGGCCGUGGAGGUCAGGCCCGGAGGCUUAGGACCCCCGCCUCCUUGAGCAGAAGGAGCCGAAAUGGCAACGCCGGCCGCGCAGGUUAUUCCUUAACUUUCCUGAUCACUGUCUCCAAAUACUUUCUAAAUGAACAUUCCUGUUACUCUCAAAUUGCUGGAGAUGGCAAGUCCAGCCGUCAGCCCUGACUCUUCUUCCCAUGAAGCACUUUCUUCUGUCAACUCUAUGCCUGCAUGUUCCCCUACUUCCGAUUCUGAGAACCUGAGCCCAGAUGAGUUGGAGCUCUUAGCCAAGUUGGAAGAACAAAACAGACUUUUGGAAGCUGAUUCAAAGUCAUUACGCUCUAUGAAUGGCUCACGAAGGAAUAGUGGGUCAUCUUUGGUAUCCAGUUCUUCUGCAUCAUCCAAUCUGAGCCAUCUUGAAGAAGAUACCUGGAUCUUGUGGGGAAGGAUUGUCAAUGAAUGGGAAGAAUGGCGGAAAAGAAAAGAGAAGUUACUCAAGGAACUCAUAAGGAAAGGAAUCCCUCACCAUUUCCGAGCAAUUGUUUGGCAGCUUUUGUGCAGUGCCACAGACAUGCCUGUAAAGAAUCAAUAUUCAGAGUUGUUGAAAAUGUCUUCUCCUUGUGAAAAGUUAAUCAGAAGAGACAUUGCCAGAACAUACCCCGAACAUGAGUUUUUCAAGGGGCAAGACAGUCUGGGCCAGGAGGUUCUCUUCAAUGUUAUGAAGGCUUAUUCUCUAGUAGACCGUGAGGUUGGGUACUGCCAAGGUAGUGCAUUCAUCGUGGGACUACUACUCAUGCAGAUGCCAGAAGAGGAGGCCUUCUGUGUAUUUGUACGUCUGAUGCAAGAGUAUAGACUACGGGAAUUAUUCAAACCCACUAUGGCCGAGUUAGGACUUUGUAUCUAUCAGUUUGAAUACAUGCUGCAGGAACAACUACCUGAGCUGAAUAUCCACUUCCGCUCCCAAAGCUUUCUCACCUCUAUGUAUGCAUCAUCUUGGUUUCUUACACUCUUCCUCACUACUUUUCCUCUGUCUGUGGCCACACGAGUAUUUGACAUCUUCAUGUAUGAGGGAUUGGAAAUAAUCUUCCGUGUAGGAAUGGCUCUUCUUCAAUUCAACCAAGCUGAACUGAUGCAAUUGGACAUGGAAGGAAUGUCACAGUAUUUUCAGAAGGUGAUUCCUCAUCAGUUUGACAGCUGUCCUGAUAAGCUGAUCUUAAAGGCCUAUCAAGUCAAAUACAACCCUAAGAAAAUGAAACGACUGGAGAAAGAGUAUACGGCAAUCAAAAACCGGGAAAUGGAAGAACAGAUUGAAAUCAAGAGGCUCCGUACUGAGAACCGCCUUCUGAAACAGCGAAUUGAAACCCUGGAGAAGGAGAGUGCUGCCUUGGCAGAUAGAUUGAUCCAGGGCCAAGUUACCCGUGCACAGGAGGCUGAAGAGAAUUACAUUAUCAAGCGGGAGCUGGCAGUUGUGAAGCAACAAUGCUGCUCUGCCACAGAGAAUUUGCAGAAGGCGCGAAGCACCAUUCAGCAACUUCAGGACCAACAAGGAAAUCCCCGCUACUCUGAGGAAUUUGUGAGCCACCUAGAAACAGAAUUGGAGCAAUCCCGCUUAAGGGAAUCUGAGACUCUGGGUGCUCUUAAAGAAAUGCAGGAUAAAGUUCUGGACAUGGAAAAGAAAAACAGCUUGCUUCCAGAUGAAAACAAUGUGGCCCGUCUACAGGAAGAACUGAAGGCUAUGAAGUUGCGGGAGUCUGAGGCAAUGAAAUCCUUCAGAGAGCUGCAACAGCAAGUGAAGGAGCUCAAUGACAAUUGGCAGGCCCAUCUGAGCAGGACCGGAGGGCGGUGGAAGGACUCUCCACGAAAGAACACAAUAAAUGAUCUCCAAGAUGAAUUGAUGACUCUCCGCCUGCGUGAGACACAGGCUCAGGGUGAGGUCCGGGAGUUGCGUCAAAGAGUGGUAGAGCUUGAAACCCAGGAUCAGAUUCACAGCAACCUUCUCAAUCGGAUGGAACAGGAGUGUUCUGGGCUGCACGAAAAGGUGCAUUAUCUCACCGCCCAAAACAAAGGGUUGCAGACGCAGUUGAGUGAGACCAAGCGCAAACAUGCUGAAUCCGAGUGCAAGAGCAAAGAAGAAGUUAUGGCUGUUCGCCUGAGAGAAGCUGAUAGCAUGGCUGCUGUUGCAGAGAUGCGGCAGAGGGUUGCUGAACUGGAAAUUCAGAGAGAAGAAGGAAUGAUCCAAGGUGAACUCAACAAUUCUGAUGCCUCGCAAUACAUCCGUGAACUCAAGGAGCAGAUUGAUGAACUCAAGGCAGAGAUUCGGCUAAUGAAAGGACAGAAGCCUUUUGAGGACUCUAUGGGUUUUGAUGGUAUACAUAUCGUGAGUCAUCUGGCAGUGGACGAUGACUCGCUACAUUCUUCAGAUGAGGAAUUGCUGACCAGCCCUAUGGUAGUGGGUGCCCUGCAGGAUGUUUUGUAUCCACUGUCUCCUCACAACACACACUUUCUGCAUGGGGCUGAGAGCUCUGGUAAGGAGAGUGAUGGCACCACAGAUAGCGAUCCAGAUGACCCUACCUCUGCCAAUGGUGAGGCCAAUGGUGAGAUCAUCUUUGCAGAGGCCCUGGGCAAAUGAGGAGUGAUGCUGCCGUCCCAGCUCAGUCAAUUGAGCCAUUGGCCACGUUAUACUGAGAAGUCAGGGAUCAGAUGUAACUGAGUCUUCGGCCCAGUGAGUGUCCAUGUCCUGGCUCAGAUGCAGUAUGGAGUGCCCCACAUGAACAGUAUGGAUUGUUAUCAGCACUGCCUUUUUUUCAGCUUUGCCACUGGGAGUUAAAAUCCAAAUCCAGGUAUUGGCCUCAUCCACGUCCUGCUUUCCACACAUUUUUUUUCCUUCUCUACACAAAGAUUUGCACAGAUGAGGACUGUGAAGGGGCAGCAGAAGCAAUCAAUCCACUGUUUCCCUAAAAUGCAGCCUAGCUGUGUUCCAUCUCUGUCUCCUUGCUGUGCUUGGAGAAGGGAAAGGGGUUGGUCUUCCCUUUAUUUAUAUUUGUCUCCUAGCAUGCUGCUCUGCAUCCAGAGGAGAAAAUGGAGUGCCUGCAUACUUGUUUGUAAUUUUCCACCCUGGAAAAGGACAGGAAGGAGAAAUGAGCUUCUGAAGAGGUUAUUUGUUUUGGUGAGGGAGAUAAUAUUUUUGUUCCUGUUUAUUAUUUAUUUUUAGAGUGCAAUUACUAAUCCAGAUCUUUGAAAAGUUCAAUGAUUUUGAGGGCUUUUAUAUGGAGGAGCCAAAACUGCUUCUGUACGUAAUCAUACAACAUUUUCUAUUUAAUUACGUAAAGGGAUAUGCUUUACUAACUCCACUUUUAUAUCAUAUUUUCAAACUCUGUUUUUUGCAGCAUUCUGGCUCGGUGCCUAAUUGGCUCGGAUAGGAAGACAGUCCAUCAGUGCACGUGCACAUGUGUGCACACAUACACACUUAUAUAAUUUGGGGGGUGGGGAGAGAUGUUAGUAAGCUGCUACUUGAUUCAUGAGAUCAGUAUUAAUUGCUAAACUAUCAGGCAGCUGAGAAUUCAACAAAGUUACUGUGUGGCAAGAGACGAAUACUAUGGAAUGUCUAGAUAGCUGAUUCUGCCAAGAUAACAAAAAUGAAGGCCCUUGAAGGUUCAAAUUUGAAUUACAUAUUAAGUAAAAAUCAAUUUCCUAAUACUACAUUUGCCUCCAAACGUUAUUAGGGUAGGGAUAGCAAGGGAGAACCAGCAGGAAAGUUCCACUUAACCCUUGUGCAUUUAUUGAUGAUUCUGUGCAAAUGCUCCUCGGUUCCAUUAAGCAUUGGGAGUAUUGGGUUGUAUUAAAUGUAGUUCUGCUCCAAGGAGCAAUUCCUAGCAGAAACAAGCCUCCUCUUGAAGUGUGUGUGUGUUUGUGGGGGAGGUUGUGGGCAAGGCAAGGCAGAGGAGAAAAGAACAUGUUUUCCUAACAGAAUUAGCUUCUAACAGCGAAAGGAUUGCUGACGGCCCACUUAAUGACAGUUGGCAAAGAAAGAACCCAUAAUUUAUGCGGGGAUUCUGAUGAAGAAUGGUUUAAAUAAAACUGUAAAGUGAUGCGUAUUUCAGUUGGAAAUACUACAGUCAUUACAACGCUAUUUGUAAUUCAGUUCAUACUCGGUUUGCUGCAAAAAGGCUUGUUUUUCACAAAAGGGGGUGGGGUGGGCAUCAGUAGUUGAGAAACAUCAGUGGAGUAUUACUUAGGAGCAUUGCAUGUUUUUUGAGGCUACAAAUAAUGCUGCAGUUGGGACCGCCUCUUCAUUUUUGAAGUAUAGAACUGAAGAGGGUAGUUUAAUUUUGUCCCCUUUCCUUAAUAGAGUCCAUGUUUAAGAGUAUUAAAGCUACUAUGCCACAGCAUGAUUUUGGGGAUUGGUGUAGCACUCAGACAUCACUGCAAGUAAGAUUCCAGACUCUACCCCACCCCCACCCCAAAAAAAGUUAGGGCAGGACAGAAAAUGCCUUUGAAAGAUAUGCAGCACUGUUUCUUCCCAUUUAAAUUAAGAAGUUGUGCGGGUUUUGAAACACUUAGUAUUGCAAGGUAUCUGAAUAAAGGUAUUGUUGCCACUGAUGAUGUUGCAGCUGAAAAUAAAGAUCUCCUGACAACUAGAAGAAGGAAAGGGUUUCACAGAAGGUCUAUGAAAAAGACUGGGGAAGUGCAGAACGUGGAAGAUGUGAGGCUUUGACCCUGCCAAGAAGGUAGGCGAUGUUGUUAAGCAAGAUCUCUGGUUGUGGAUGGCCAUCGACUAACAGGUUUUUGGAACUGGGGAAUGAAAUAUUCCGCCUCUCAGGGAAGGAGGCCAUUUCUUGCUACGGAUGUGUUUUCUUCAUCCUCGGCUCAAUUUUCUUUCCUUUCUCAUCUGUAGUGAACCAAUCUGCCUUUUAAGUUUACCUAAAAUUGUAAAGCUUGCAACUUUAUUAAUAACCGACCGUGUUCUGUAUCAGACACAUAGGCCUCUCUUUUUGGAAGAGUUCUCCAUGACCCCUUCCUUGGCAUGGGUUUGGAAGGGAUUGGCAAGGGAGAAGCUGCUUGGAUUUUCCAAGGGCUUUUUUAGCUCCGAAUCAGUGAGGGUAAACCAGCAUUUGUGAAACGGGAAACAAACCUGCAACUGCCUAGCCACUUACCAUGUGGCUGGCCCCUGAACUAGUGAACAGAAAUAAACACACACACACAUAUACACACACAUGUACAGAUAAGUAUUUAUAUAGUUAUGCCUAGUGAAAGGCACCAGUUUGGCAUAAUCUUGCAUAUUUUAUAUAUACAUUUUACACACAUACCGAUACAUCCACAGUAUGCUGUAAUACUAAAAUUUUGUAAUUUAUCCUUUCAUUGUUCAGUCUCACAUAGAGAGAGUCGGAAUAAUACGUGGUCUGGAUGAGUUCAGUUUGCAUUGUUGUUUUGAUCUGCUUGCAUUGGUCUGAAGCUCCCCUUCCCCCUGCUAGCAGUGGGCACAUGUUUGCAAUGUUGGAUGGCUUGUGAAACUGUUUGCCAGUUGUGCAUAAUACCUAGCAGUUGUGGAUAUUUGUUUUGUGUAGUGCUAUCUGAAUGCUUACUGCCUCCAAAAUUACAAGUUAGGAAGACCUUUAACAUGUUAUUUUUUUAAAAUAUAAAGUAAAUCCAUUGACUUUAGGAUUUUGCAAUUGCACUGGAGUAAACAAAAGGAGAUGGUUCAAACCAUAUCCAAUUUUUUUUCUAUCUUGAAAUAACAAUUUUCAAAAUUGUUGUUGUUAAAUUUAGACUUGAUUCAUUUGGCUGAUUUGUCCUUUAAACUUCAUUAUGGCACAACCUUGAUGAAAGUAAAGACUGCUACUAUUCUAUACAAAUUAUUCAUGGUAGUGCAGUUUUUUUCCGGUGUUUAGAUCACAGCUGUAGAGCCUUAUAAUACAGCUCAUUAAAUGAUGCCACAAACUCCGACUUCCCACUCUUUACUGCGUCUACUGUAUAAAAACUUGAAGAAAAUGAUAACUUUCUUUUUCUUCAAUGCUAGUAAAUACCAGGAACUACAGGAUAUAUUAGGAAUGUUUUGGUCUAAUUUCUCAGAGAUCCAUGCAACAGAAGAAGAUUAUACCAUACCAGGAAAUAGUAUAGUAUCCUUUUGGAGCUCUGGAUAAUAAACAUAAAACCAUGUGAUAAAUAUUAUAUCGAAUAACUUGCAAUGAAACCUGUAGAAAAUUAAUAAAAUAAAUAUUAGGAACAAGAGAUGGGAAAUUAAUUUCAUCACAGCAAAGUGCAGAAAACUCACCUGUUCAAGUUGCAUAAUGUGUUGUUUUUGGUUGAGUUUGGUUAGAUACCAAAUGUCAUGUAGUGAAUUACAUUAGGCCUUGAAAAACAUAGCCUCAACUUUAGCGGAAUGAGCUUGAUUUACCAAGUGUCUAGUUCUUCUUAAAGAAUCCAUUUAUAUCAAGCUAUCCACAACCCUCAGCCCACCCCAUUCCUCUGCUGGGUAUAAAUUAUAAUAUCUCCAAAGAAUUUUAUUUUUUUCUUUUUCAAAGUACAGGCCUAUUAAAAACCAUCAAUCCAUAGAAUACAUAGCAAGCCCAUUAGAAGAAAAGUGCACCGAGCCAAUCUUGGUAACCAAGAAUCAAAUACCUUUGCUUUUUAUCUGUAUUGUCCAGCAAAAGUAACUGCCUAAUUGGGGGGAGGGGUGUUGUAUUUGUAGGAACUAUUCUGAACAUAGUUGUGAGUUUCCAAGCCAAGUUAUUUGUGAGCCAGUCAUUUGCUGCUUUUAAAAUUUUCUAUUUCCUUUAACAAGAAGUAUUACAAACAAAAUUUAAAGGAUGAAGCCAGUUCUUAAUGCAGUGGUUCUUGUGUGCAUUUUUUCCCUUGUAUUUCCUUUUGUGGCCUUUUUUUCGGGCCUUUAUUUAUUUAUUUUUCCCAGUGAAGGUGCCAAACCCACUCUGUCCUUUGGCCAAUGGGGCAGCCAUAUAUACCGGGAGGAAGCAAAACACCACUUCGAGGUGCAUUUUUGUUUCUGUCAUGAGUAUCCACAGGUAUCUCUUCUCUUACUGUAUCUUCCGUGGCCUACCCUGUAUAUCCCUCCCCCAAGUAUUUAUAUGAACACAAUAUCAUGAGGAAUCUUGUGGUAGGCCUCACAUUCUUUUGCUGAGAAAGAGGACCUACUUAUAAAGUAGUUUAACACACCUAGUAUCUUAAAGCAGAUUGUUAUGCUGCCCCAGCAGAUUAUUUUGGACAGGCUGAAGUUGGUGCUCAUGGUAGCUACCAGCAUACUUCAAUUUGCACUUUUGUGGGGGUUUUCUUUAGAUUUUCUUCUACACAGAAGGAAAUCAACAUGGUGCUCUGUUAGGACUGGGAUUGGGAUUAUUACUUCUGUUCUCCGCCCAGGAUUGACACUAGAAUUUGAGUUAUAGGUAGUCCUCGACUUACCCUUGUUACUUUGAACGGUCACUAAAUGAACUGUUGUAAGUGGAGAACUACCUCUACUCGCUUGAAUGCAUCUCUUUUGGGUGCCAUUGUUUCAUCCUGUUUAAGCAGGAUGCAUUGAAUUUACUUAGCUUCUAACUUUCCUAACUUUGGACGCCAUAUUGUAAAUUACACUAAAGAGGUACCUCUCUUCCCCACUCUUAUCUUGGGCUGUAAUGCAACCUAAAAAACAAUGUGUUUUAGGGAACUGGGUGGAAUUAAAAUUAGAGGAAGGGGAAACUGGUCUGUAUUUCCAAGGUCCUAGUUUAUUUAGCUUUUGAUCACAGAAACCACAUCAUUUUAAGAGUAUUGGAGCCAAAUUGAGGUCAUGGUGCUUUCUACCAAGAAAAGGUACAUUUCCUAUCUGGGACUAAAUUCUGUGAAUCUACUCUGGUUAUUUGAGGCGUGUACUGGUUAGUAUCUGUGAAAUUGCCAGCACACACGGUUAAAAACUAUGCUUUUGUUUUUAAUGGGCAAGAAUAAGAGUGUGAAUGCUCUUGUUCCGUAUUGUUGUAAAUUAAUUUUAUGUAACAGGUCAAAAUCUCACUAUGAAUGCCUGUAAAAUGUUUUGUUAGUCUUUACCUCAAAUUGUUAAACACUACUGUUAAAAGACAUAAGUUUUUUUUUCAUUACAUCCAUUUUUUUUAUUAUUUUCUUAAGAAAAUAUAAUGAGGAAAACCAUCUAAUCCCUGUGGGAUUUGUUUCCCCCAAAAUGGUUUAUUAUUCUGUUGGGAUACAUUGUCCUCUCUGUAUUUCUCCUCCUCACAUACAAACACACUUUUGUAUUGUGAAGAGAGAAUUUUUAAACGGUACCAAAAUUAAGCUUGAUCAGAAUGACUUUGCAACAGAUUUCAAUAAAGCAAGAGCUUUGGGUUAUAAAAAUGUAUGUUCAGGCAAAAUAAUGAUAGAAAGGAAGAAAUAAUAAUAAUCUGAGAUGGUAGCCCAGAUUAAGAAUUUUAUUUAAUCAGGAUCGACAAUAGGAGAUCACGUUUUGGAUUGUGAAUAAUCUGGCAUUCUUGCAUUUGAUUAUGCAAAUUGCUUAAGCAGAUAUGAUAUUGACGUGAGGAAAAAAAAGACAGCUUCUCUCUUUGGCUAUGAAAUUAUUGCCUAGAGAAUCCUGAGGAACCAUUGUUUCGAAGAACAUGUUCUGCCAUGUGUAUGUAAAAAUAUUCUUGCUAUGUGUGUGGUAGUUUCUGAAAUGCACAAAAUUCGAGUGGGAUCAGCUUGCCUGCUGCUAUAAAUUAAAUUGGCCACAUUGCAUUGAAGUUAGCAAUGCAAAUUCACCAUAUCUUUGUUGUGUUUCUUGUUCUCAUGUUUGAAAGUGAAAGAGCUAGUGAAGCCAAUGACAUGCUCUAUCAUACUGGGGCUGUGCACAGUGCUCUUCCCUGCCCACAUUUUAUCUUCAUAUACUGACUUUCUCCUAUCCUGUACAGCUAGACCACUGAACGCUAGCAAGCUGCUGAAUAUCCAGAAGCAGCCUGCCCGUAACAGUGUGUGCUUGCUUUCCGGUUAGAAUGUAUUGUUCUCUCAUACCCCCACAAAUGGUUCCAAAAAUCAUGUGUUUAGUGUAAGUACGUACCAGUGUUCCUUCUCUGCUACUCAGAAUAUAACUUCCAUUCUUUCCAGCCCAUUCCCAUUUUAAAACAAAUAUUGUUGUACAAAGUACCUGUACUAAAAAAAUAAUAAUAAUAAACUAUUUACACGGUCUUUAA